CCCCGGCAUCGCCGCCGCCCGCCGACUACUCACUGGCCCUGCUCGCUCGGCUUGCUCUUUUUUUGAACGGAAAGCAGCCCUUCUCCGCCGAGGAUCGUCCCCAGCGUGGCUACGCGUUCCCGGUCACUUUUUGAGAUUUUCCGGGGGGCGCUCGGCGGCUUCCCGGAUUCCAGGGGGACUCGGGCCGCCGAGCGCGGGGGGCCCGUAGAGCGGGCGUGCAGGGGAAGAGCCCGGGCUUAGCGGAGGCUCACACGGAGGCAAGAACUUAUUCAACAAGUUUACCCCCCCUGCCUUCCUCUUUUCGAUGUGCGUUUUCGGACAUGCGGAGGUUACUGGAACCGUGUUGGUGGAUUUUGUUCCUGAAAAUCACCAGUUCCGUGCUCCAUUAUGUCGUGUGCUUCCCCGCCUUGACAGAAGGCUACGUCGGGGCCCUGCACGAGAACAGACACGGCAGCUCAGCGCAGAUCCGCAGGCGUAAGGCUUCAGGUGACCCGUACUGGGCCUACUCCGGUGCCUAUGGUCCUGAGCACUGGGUCACAUCAAGCGUUAGCUGCAGGGGCCGUCAUCAGUCUCCCAUAGACAUUUUAGACCAGCAUGCACAGGUUGGCGAAGAGUACCAGGAGCUGCAACUUGAUGGCUUUGACAAUGAGUCUUCAAACAAAACCUGGAUGAAAAACACAGGGAAAACAGUUGCCAUCCUUCUAAAGGACGACUAUUUUGUCAGUGGUGCUGGCCUGCCUGGCAGAUUCAAAGCCGAGAAGGUGGAAUUUCACUGGGGCCAUAGCAAUGGCUCUGCAGGUUCUGAACACAGCAUCAAUGGGAGGCGCUUUCCUGUGGAGAUGCAGAUUUUCUUUUAUAAUCCAGAUGACUUUGACAGCUUUCAAACCGCAAUUUCUGAAAACAGAAUAAUCGGAGCCAUGGCCAUAUUUUUUCAAGUCAGUCCAAGGGACAAUUCCGCACUGGAUCCUAUUAUCCAUGGGUUGAAGGGCGUCGUACAUCAUGAGAAGGAGACCUUUCUGGAUCCUUUCGUCCUCCGGGACCUCCUGCCUGCAUCCCUGGGCAGCUAUUACCGGUAUACAGGUUCUCUGACCACCCCACCAUGUAGUGAAAUUGUGGAGUGGAUAGUCUUCCGGAAGCCUGUCCCCAUCUCUUACCAUCAGCUCGAGGCUUUUUAUUCCAUCUUCACUACGGAGCAGCAGGACCACGUCAAGUCGGUGGAGUAUCUGAGAAAUAACUUCCGACCACAGCAAGGGCUGAAUGACAGGGUGGUGUCCAAGUCUGCGGUCCGCGACGCCUGGAACCAUGACAUGACAGACUUCUUAGAAAACCCACUGGGGACAGAAGCCUCUAAAGUUUGCAGCUCUCCGCCCAUCCACAUGAAGGUGCAGCCUCUGAACCAGACGGCGCUGCAGGUGUCCUGGAGCCAGCCGGAGACCGUCUACCACCCACCCAUCAUGAACUACAUGAUCUCCUACAGCUGGACCAAGAACGAGGACGAGAAGGAGAAGACGUUUACAAAGGACAGCGACAAAGACUUGAAAGCCACCAUUAGCCACGUGUCACCGGAUAGCCUUUACCUGUUCCGCGUCCAAGCCGUCUGUAGGAAUGACAUGCGCAGUGACUUCAGCCAGACAAUGCUCUUUCAAGCUAACACUACUCGAAUAUUCCAAGGGACCAGAAUUGUUAAAACAGGAGUGCCCACAGCGUCUCCUGCCUCUUCGGCCGACAUGGCCCCCAUCAGCUCGGGGUCCUCUACCUGGACGUCGUCCGGCAUCCCCUUCUCAUUUGUCUCCAUGGCGACCGGGAUGGGCCCCUCCUCCAGCGGCAGCCAGGCUACCGUGGCCUCGGUGGUCACCAGCACGCUCCUGGCGGGCCUGGGGUUCAGCGGUGGUGGCAUCCCGUCCUUCCCCAGCACCGUGUGGCCCACGCGCCUGCCCACGGCCGCCUCUGCCAGCAAGCAGGCCAGCAGGCCCGUCCUAGCCACCACAGAGGCCUUGGCCUCCCCGGGCCCCGACGGCGACUCGGCGCCCACCAGGGACAGCGAGGGCACAGAGGAAGGGGAAAAGGAUGAGGAGAGCGAGAGCGAGGAUGGAGAGCGGGAGCAUGAGGAAGAGGGGGAGAAGGACUCCGAGAAGAAAAAGAGCGGGGUGACCCACGCCACCCAGGAACGGAGCCAGGACGAGCCCACCCCCACCCCCUCGUCUCCCGACAGGACUGCGGAGGCCGGUGGGCGUCAGACUCUGCCUGGGCACGGGCGAGACCACACUGCCGUCCCUACAGCCCGGCCCGAUGAUGGGAGGGAUGCCCUCCCGGGCCUGGACCCCGGCUCGGUCACCUCCACCCAAGUGCCCGCCACAGUCACAGAGGAGCGUUUCGAAGGGAGUGAUCCUGGGAGGCCCCAGAUGCCAUCGAAAAAGCCUGUGUCCCGAGGGGACAGAUUUUCUGAGGAUAGCAAAUUUAUCACUGUCAAUCCAGCAGAAAAGAACACCUCUGGAAUGAUAAGCCGUCCUUCUCCAGGGAGGAUGGAGUGGAUCAUCCCUCUGAUUGUGGUAUCAGCCUUGACCUUCGUGUGCCUCAUCCUUCUCAUUGCUGUGCUAGUUUAUUGGAGAAAAUGUUUUCAGACAGCUCAUUUCUAUGUGGAAGAUAGCAAUUCACCUCGGGUGGUCCCCAAUGAAAGUAUCCCUAUCAUUCCUAUUCCGGAUGACAUGGAAGCCAUUCCUGUCAAACAGUUUGUUAAACACAUCGGUGAGCUGUAUUCUAAUAACCAGCAUGGGUUCUCCGAGGAUUUUGAGGAAGUCCAACGCUGUACGGCCGAUAUGAACAUCACUGCAGAACAUUCCAAUCAUCCAGAUAACAAGCACAAAAACAGAUACAUCAACAUUUUAGCAUAUGAUCACAGUAGGGUGAAGUUAAGACCUUUACCAGGAAAAGACUCUAAGCACAGCGACUACAUUAAUGCAAACUAUGUCGAUGGCUACAACAAAGCGAAAGCCUAUAUCGCCACCCAGGGACCUUUAAAGUCUACAUUUGAAGAUUUCUGGAGGAUGAUUUGGGAACAAAACACUGGAAUCAUUAUCAUGAUUACGAACCUUGUGGAAAAAGGAAGACGAAAAUGCGAUCAGUAUUGGCCAACAGAGAAUAGUGAGGAGUACGGAAACAUUAUUGUCACACUGAAGAGCACAAAAGUACACGCCUGCUACACUGUGCGUCGUUUUUCAGUCAGAAAUACAAAAGUGAAGAAGGGUCAGAAGGGAAACCCCAAGGGUCGUCAAAAUGAAAGGGUAGUGAUCCAGUAUCACUACACACAGUGGCCUGACAUGGGAGUUCCUGAGUACGCCCUCCCGGUCUUGACCUUUGUGAGGAGAUCCUCAGCAGCCCGCACGCCAGAAAUGGGCCCUGUGUUGGUGCACUGCAGCGCUGGUGUGGGCAGGACAGGCACCUACAUUGUAAUAGACAGCAUGCUGCAACAGAUAAAAGACAAAAGCACAGUUAACGUCCUUGGAUUCCUGAAGCAUAUCAGGACACAGCGUAACUACCUCGUCCAGACUGAGGAGCAGUACAUUUUCAUCCACGAUGCCUUGUUGGAAGCCAUUCUAGGAAAGGAGACUGAAGUAUCUUCAAAUCAGCUGCAUAGCUAUGUUAACAGCAUCCUCAUACCAGGAGUAGGAGGAAAGACGCGGCUGGAAAAACAAUUCAAGCUGGUCACGCAAUGUAAUGCGAAGUAUGUGGAAUGCUUUAGUGCUCAGAAAGAGUGUAACAAAGAAAAGAACAGAAACUCUUCGGUCGUGCCAUCCGAGCGUGCUCGAGUGGGUCUUGCACCAUUGCCUGGAAUGAAAGGAACAGAUUACAUUAAUGCUUCUUAUAUCAUGGGCUAUUAUAGGAGCAAUGAAUUUAUUAUAACCCAGCAUCCUCUGCCACAUACUACGAAAGAUUUCUGGCGAAUGAUUUGGGAUCAUAAUGCACAGAUCAUUGUCAUGCUGCCAGACAACCAGAGCUUGGCAGAAGAUGAGUUUGUAUACUGGCCAAGUCGAGAAGAAUCCAUGAACUGUGAGGCCUUUACCGUCACCCUUAUCAGCAAAGACAGACUGUGCCUCUCAAAUGAAGAACAAAUUAUCAUCCAUGACUUUAUCCUUGAAGCCACACAGGAUGACUAUGUCCUAGAAGUUCGGCACUUCCAGUGUCCCAAAUGGCCUAACCCAGAUGCCCCCAUCAGCAGUACUUUCGAACUUAUCAAUGUCAUCAAGGAAGAGGCCUUAACAAGGGACGGCCCCACCAUUGUUCAUGAUGAGUAUGGAGCAGUUUCAGCAGGAAUGCUGUGUGCCCUUACCACCCUGUCCCAGCAACUGGAGAAUGAAAAUGCUGUGGAUGUUUUCCAGGUUGCAAAAAUGAUCAAUCUUAUGAGGCCUGGAGUAUUCACAGACAUUGAACAGUACCAGUUUGUCUAUAAAGCAAUGCUCAGCCUGGUCAGCACUAAAGAAAAUGGAAAUGGUCCCAUGACAGUGGACAAAAAUGGUGCUGUUCUCAUUGCAGAUGAAUCAGACCCUGCCGAGAGCAUGGAAUCUCUAGUGUGAUUGGAAUCCCGAACGGGCACUUAAUUUGUAAAACUUCUGAAGACUGAGAACUUUUUUGAGGCCUUUUUUGCCAGACUCUAGGUUAUACAAUAACCCAGUUACUUUUUUACACUGAUAAAAGUUUUGAUAUUUAUUUUUUGCCAUUUUAUGUCUUAAUGGUAUCCUACUGAGCAUUUGCACCUCUGUUCAUUUCACACAGUGAAACGCAAUUUUACCUAGUUUGCACUAUAUGAUCAGUGUUACUGCCUAUAAUCUAAUCCUAAAGCAAGCCCUGAUGUGACAUUCCAUGAGAACACACAUGCUACUUUUUAGUUCAGUACAGUGAAGGUUUUGUCAGGACAGUGGAUCUUGGUUUUUUUAUUAUUAUUGCGAAAGCAGCUGCAUCCUCCUAGCAGGCAAUGCUGAGCUUUUCCUCGGUCCUCUCCUCUGUUUGUUUUAGGCACUGCUCAAUACUGUCUGCCUUCUGUACUUUAAUGGAGUGGAUGGGCAUUGUUUUCUUGUAAAGAAUAGCAGGUUCCUGGGAGCUACUGAGACAGUCUGUCAACCUCAUGGCCUUGAAACAGUUCCGUUUAUGACGGUAAAGGUAUCCAUUAAGAAAUUAGAAGGCUUAAGAGCUUUAUGUGAACAUCACUUAUUAGUUGAAGUUAUAUUCAUAGCUUAAAAAAAAUUCCCCAACUGUGUCAAAAUAAAGGAUAUCUCUGUAUUACAGUUUUCACAGUA